AUGGAUAAUGACAUUGUUUAUCCAGUCAGCAGGGUCAGCAACUCCAGCGUGGAGCGUAGCCUGAUCUUAACAACCUUGUUCGUGUUCCAAGACACCCUCGACGCAGGAAAGCUUUAUACGUCGCUAUGUCGACUUCUAAAUAUCGGGGAUUGGCGAAUCUUUGCGGGACGAUUGCGGCGUGUCCAAGAUGGCAAAGUUCAGAUUGCCGCUCCCAGAGUCCUCACCGGGGAGUACCGACCUGUCUACUACACACAUGAGACGCACGACAUGGUUAUGGAUGCACACGAAAGUGCACAGCUACUUCCCCGCCACGACGGCUCAUUCUCGGCGCUGCAUCCCACGGGACCAGCUCUGGAGGCGCUGGGCGCACAGAGGCAAUUGCCGAGCACAUUUGAGCAAUGGCUGUCAGACGACAAGCACCGAGACACCCCUAUUGUGUCACUGUUUGUCAACUCCUUCAUUGACGGCACCAUAGUUUCCAUCGCUAUUCCACACAUCCUGAUUGAUGCGAUGGCGAUGGCGGACUUCUUUCGCGCCUGGUCGCUCGUUCUGGCUGGCAAAGAAGAGCAAGUCGGCUCAAUCGUGGGGGUGCAAGAUGAUCUCAUGUUUGAGGCAGGUAAUGCGAAGAAACUGGAAGGAUCCGACGAGCCGUGGCAGCUGAAGAGUAAGAUGAUAUCUCUAGAGGCCGCGCUUGCUGGGCAGCAGUCGUCGUUUCGAGAUAUUGCCGAGCAGGAUACAGCCAUCAACUCGCUGCUCAUAUCCCAGGGUCAGCCAGAAGAGUUGCAAAGACGGCUCUUAUUCCUGCCGGCCAGGGCGUUGCGGUAUUUGCAUUCUCAGGUCCUCGCUGAGCUCGCCCAGCAGGAUACUCGCGACCGGGACGAAAAGGGGCGCUUGGUUGAGACGUUGCCUUCCUGGGUCAGCCAGGGAGACGUAGUUUUGGCGUGGUUCACGCGUGUCGUCGCCUUGAGCCAGGAUCUGCCCCGUGCCAUAAGCAUCUGCAAUGUGGUCAACCUACGGGGCAGACUGCCGGAUCUGCCAACAAGCAACGAGGAUGUCUACGUGGCAAGUCUGUUGGCAUCAGCGCAUACAGACCUUUCAGAGAACGACGCGCGCGGCAAAUUGUCCCUCAUUGCGGCCAAGAGCCGCCAGUCCGUAGCUCAGCAGUCGACGCCGCUGCAGCUGCGCUAUUACGCGCGCGCCCGGCGCGAGGCUGUCGAGUCGGGCCAAUCUUCUCAGCUCUUCUUUGGCCUGCCCGGUGCCGAUUAUGUAGCCGUGACUAACUGGUGCAAAGCCGACGUCUUGGGCAGCCUCGACUUUGCGCCCGCUAUUGUCUCUGCCCGGCCCGCCGCUGCUGAUGGUAGCUCGACUCGCGAGGAAACUGACAAGAGGUCGACGCGUGAGUACGGAAGGGCUCAUCUUCUCGAUGCGCAGCUCUUUGGCCAAGAGCCUUACGGAAACCUGGUCUUUGUUCUGAGCAAGGACAUGGGAGGCAACAUGCUAGUCUCAGCUACAUUUACGCCGAAGCAGUGGAAGGUGGUGCGACAGGAGCUCAGCGCGAUCAAUGAGCAGCUACAGAUGAUCAAUGACCAGUAG